AUGGCUGCUUCCAGCAAUGACAAGGAGCCUUGGUUCCUCCGAUACAGCGUGCCUGUGCAGUUUCCAGCCCAUGCUGGCUUCGACCUUGCCAUCACACAGGCCGACUUUGAAGCCUGGGUACGCAAUGAGGCGCUCAACCGGGACGACGACCACGAAGAGAAGGUGAAUACGGAUGAAGACGAAGAUGAUACAUUCACCAUGGUCACGUCGUCGACUUCUCAGGAAGUGCGACAUGCUUUGGAAGACUUGGAGAUAGAUUCUGCAGAUGAGACUCCAACCAAGGAGCCUGCCUCCAAGCGCACAGACGAGUCUGACGAGCAUCCUUUCAUCCAAGGCCUAGUAGCGCAUGGCAACUCGACUCCAGUUCCGUCCAUAGCCACGGACAACAAAAUGCUCACCGAGAAUUCCGAUGUUGCCUUCCGUUCCACACGACAGGCUCUCCUCGAUCUGUUUUUUGAGCUCGAAGAUGUCGUUUCCGGCCCACGCCUAUUGGAGUUACUCAAUGCGGCCUGGAUCGACAGCCCCCUGAUGACACUCAAGAUCAUAUUCAAUGCUCGCUCGAUCCAUCUGGGCAAGGCAUCUCGAGCCACCUUCUACCGCUGUGCCGGUUGGCUAGCACAGAACCACCCUCUCACCCUCGUUUCCAACCUACGCUGGCUCAGUCGUCCUGUCAUCGAGAAGAAGGUCGUGAAGAAGGAAACGGGCGAGGAGGAUGAAGUCCUCGUCGACCUAAAGCCAGAGGAGAAGGACGAAGACGAUGUGACACGGUUCGAUGUGAAGAAUGGUGUUGCCCAUGGUUGUUGGAAAGACCUCCUCAAUAUCCUGGUUCUUUGCAUCAACGGCAAGCUCGACGUUCUGGCCAACCCGAGAGACAUCUUGAAUGUUGAGAGAGAGGGAAAAGACAAGAACCAUAGAGGCAAGGAGCAUCUAGACAAGGAGGAGGCCAAGACCAAACGCCACGAUGUCCGUAAUGCGCGUCACGAACAAGCAGUUGAUACCUUCAACUCCAAUGCUGUCUAUCGAGCCUUGUACCUUACAAUCGCCCCCCUGUUUGCCGAGCAACUCAGGUCGGAUCUGCUUCUCUUCCACGGUGAGGACAAAAAGGCAAAGAAGAAGAUCUCGCUCUGCGCCAAGUGGGCGCCGUCACAAGACCGCUUCCACGACAAGCACACCUUCAUCGUCUCCAGUAUUGCCGAGAUGCUGCACCCUCUGGAUGAAGUCACCGGUGGCUCCGGAGACAUGGAUCGAGAGCUGUACCUUCGCCAUGCUCGGGAGCGAUACCGCAAAGACAUCUCGGCCCUGCGAGCCCAUCUCGAUGUCGUCGAGCGCAACCUCAGCGCCAAGACCCUAGACAAGAUCAAGUACGAACGUGUCCCGUCUGUGGCCAUGAGCAAUUAUGCCAAGAUCUUCGCGGAGAAGGACACUGAGCGAUUCGAGGAAUACAUCAACGCUGUAGCGGAAGGAAAGACCCGUAUCAGUGGCGCCACCCUGUUGCCCUCGACUCUGAUAAGCACCGUGAGACGGACAUCUCGUCCUGUCAUUAACACUGCCUCCUUAGCCAAGAAUCCUGGAAAGGCUGCCAUCGAGGCCAAGGUGAAUGAGCUCGAUGCCAAGGUCGCCGACGGCCAGUGGAAGACACUUGUACAGCGCAUCAAAGACUCUGGAACACUCGAGUCUACCAUUGCAGUCUGCGACGUGUCAGGCUCGAUGUCUAGCCCAGUUUUUCCUGACGGCACAUGUCCAAUGGACAGUGCAAUCGGGCUUUCGCUUCUCCUCGCCGAGGUAACAGCUCCACCCUUCGGAGGCCACUUCAUCACCUUUUCCGCCCGUCCAGGAGUUCUGAGCAUCGAUCUAUCGUCGUCACUACAUGACAAGAUAUCUGCGAUGGAAAGAUCACACUGGGAAAUGAACACCAACUUCGUUGCCGUCUUCGAGGAACUUAUCCUGCCGGUGGCAAUUCGCAACAACCUGAAGCAAGAGGACAUGGUCAAACGCAUCUUUGUCUUCAGUGACAUGCAGUUCGACACUGCUCAGGCCCGCUACGCAUAUUCGGAUGGCUCGUGGAGCCAGGACGAACAUGAGGACAUACCAUGUUGGAGCACGUCGUUCGAGAAAAUCAGAGGCAAGUAUGCUGAAGCUGGCUACGAGAUGCCAGAUCUUGUCUUUUGGAACCUCGCUGGCGGACGGGCUGGUUACGGGGGUUGUGAUUUCGGUGACCCAACAGCGCCGAAGCCGGUGACUGCCGAGGAGCCGGGCACAGCCCUCGUCAGUGGCUAUUCGCAGGGCAUGCUCAAAGUUUUCCUCGAGAAUGGUUCCUUCGACGUCCCGGACGAUGAGGAUGAUAAGCUCCAGGUUGCGGAGGAUGGUGACGCCGUCGUCCUCGAGACGGAAAGCCGGGCCAAACGGCAGAAGAUGGACCCAAUGAACAUCCUCAAGAAGGCUAUCGGACACAAGGCGUACGACUCCCUGAAGGUUAUGGAUUGA